AUGCGAACUUUCUGCAGUGGCGCUCAGUGGCCGAGAGAGAUCGACUCUGGCCUCCAUUUUCCAUGGGUUGUGAGUUGUGACGAAGUGGAUGAUCGGCUCUCAGCAAAGAUUCUUGACCUUGACUUCCAGAUAUCUCUUCCGGUACUUGUCUUGCAAUGUUUGGACCGUCGUCAAGGGAAAUGGGGGGUUCCAAGUUCGAAAGAUCCAAGCUUUUCUGGUCAAUUCGCUCGAUCACAGCUUCAUCAAGUCGUGCAAGGGGACAGAUGCGUGUGUGAAACAGAAGAUUAUGAAGUAUUGAACAGAGAAGAUCUGCAAGAAGCUCUCCAUGUCAGGCAGGACUACGAAUUUGAAUGCCUGCCCAGACAGACUUGAACGGUUGAGUCAGCAUAUGAAGCUGAUAGGAUAGUGAAGCUGCCAGGGCAGCCAGAGGUUAGCUUCCAGCAGUAUGCAGGUUAUGUUACUGUUGAUGAAACCCAGCAGAAGGAACUUUUCUACUACUUCGUGGAAGCUGCGACAAACUCCACUUCCAAGCCUCUUGUUUUGUGGCUCAAUGGAGGACCUGGGUGCUCUUCAGUUGGAGCUGGAGCUUUCUCUGAACAUGGUCCUUUCAAACCGAAUUCUGCAGGGAUUCUGGUCAACAAUGAAUACAGUUGGAACAAAGAAGCAAACAUGCUGUACUUGGAAGCCCCGGCAGGAGUUGGCUUCUCAUAUUCUGGCAACGCCUCUUUCUAUAAGUUGUCUAAUGACUCCAUAACAGCAAAAGACAACUUGGCCUUCCUACAACGAUGGCUACUCAAGUUUCCUGAAUACAAUACCAGAGAUCUUUUCAUCACCGGAGAAAGCUAUGCUGGACACUAUGUCCCACAGUUAGCACAGCUAAUUCUGGAGUCCAGAUCAAAUCUCAGCUUCAAAGGCAUCGCUAUAGGGAACCCAUUGUUGGAGUUCGACACAGAUUUCAACGGGCAAGGAGAUUACUACUGGUCUCACGGCUUGAUAUCGGAUCAAACCUAUCACCUUGUGAAUACAGUAUGCAACUUCUCCCAGAUCAACAGAGAAAGCUUGUCGCCGUCGGGUGACUAUUCCAAGGCGUGUGGAAUCGUUGUAGCCCAGAGUGAUGCUGAAUGGCCCAUUCAGAACUUCGACGGCUAUGAUGUCACUUCUGAUGUCUGUUUGUCAGAUGGUGAAUCACAAUUUGGUUCCCGGGAACAACACUCUUUAUUAGCUUCUCGUUUCCAUCCAGUUUCGUCCCUUAAAUACCAACAAAGUGGUGUCAGAAAGCAGGAAGCUGGUGUGGAGUCGAUAGACCUUUGUGUACAAGAUCAGACCGAGAAAUACUUGAACAGGAAAGAUGUUCAAGAAGUUAUGCAUGCCAAGCUUGUAGGCGUCAAUAAAACCUGGACUUUCUGUACCUCAAAUAUAAAUUAUGAUUUCUACAAUCUGGAGAUUCCAACGAUUGGUGUGGUGGGUUCGUUGGUGGAAUCAGGGAUUCGAGUACUAGUCUACAGCGGGGAUCAAGAUUCGGUUCUCCCAUUCAUUGGAACAAGGAUUCUGGUGAAUCGUUUGGCAACAGAGAUGGGGCUGAAUACAACCAUACCAUACAAGGCAUGAACGGUUGAGGCAGCAUAUGAAGCUGAUAGGAUUGUGAAGCUGCCAGGGCAGCCAGAGAUUAACUUCCAGCAGUAUGCAGGUUAUGUGACUAUUGAUGAAACCCAACAGAGGGAACUUUUCUACUACUUCGUGGAAGCUGCGACAAACUCGACUUCCAAGCCACUUGUUUUGUGGCUCAACGGAGGACCUGGGUGCUCUUCAGUUGGAGCUGGAGCUUUCUCCGAACACGGCCCUUUCAAGCCGAAUGCUGCUAGGGUUCUGGUCCACAAUGACUACAGUUGGAACAAAGAAGCAAACAUGCUGUACUUGGAAGCCCCAGCAGGAGUUGGCUUCUCAUAUUCUGCAAACGCCUCUUUCUAUGAGUUGGUUAAUGACUCCAUAACAGGACACUAUGUCCCACAGUUAGCACAGCUAAUUGUGGAAUCCAGAGCAAAUCUCAGCUUCAAAGGCAUUGCUAUAGGGAACCCAAGGUUGGAGUUCGACACAGAUUACAAUGGGAAAGGAGAGUACUACUGGUCUCACGGCUUGAUAUCCGAUCAAACCUAUCACCUACUCAACACAGUCUGCAACUUCUCCCAGAUGUACAGAGAACUCUUGUCUGUGUCCGGCAACUACUCCAAACCGUGUGAACUCGUUGUAGCCCAGAGUAAUGCAGAAUGGCCGAGCCAGAACUUCGACUAUAAUGAUGUCACUUCUGAUGUCUGUUUGUCAGAUGGUAAAUCACAAUUUGGUUCUCGGGAGCAGCACUCUUUGUUAGCUUCUCGUUUCCAUCCAGUCUCGUCCCUUAAAUCCAGUGGUUUCAGAAACCAGGAAGCUGGUGUGGAAUCGAUAGACCUUUGUGUACAAGAUCAGACAGACAAAUACUUGAACAGGAAAGAUGUUCAAGAAGCUAUGCACGCCAAGCUUGUUGGCGUCAAUAACACUUGGAGUGUUUGCAGCAAAGUGGUGAAUUAUGACUACAACAAUAUGGAGAUUCCAACUAUUGGGGUUGUUGGUUCAUUGGUGGGAUCAGGGAUUCGAGUGCUAGUCUACAGCGGGGAUCAAGAUUCAGUUGUCCCGUUCAUUGGAACAAGGACUCUGGUGAAUCGUUUGGCAACAGAGAUGGGGUUGAAUACAACUGUGCCAUACAAGGCAUGGUUUGAUUAUGACAAACAAGUGGGUGGAUGGAUACAAGUCUAUGGGGAGAACAAUAAGUUGUCAUUUGCAACAAUCAGAGGAGCCUCUCACCUGGCUGCAGCCUCCUCGCCCAAGAGAUCGCUUGCAUUAUUUGCAGCCUUUGUUGCAGGGAAACCAUUGGCAGCUUGA